AUGGAGAACUCACCUCUGAAGGAAUUGAUGAUUGACAGUGAGGAAAUCUCAUUACCUGAUAAGGCCUACAAAAAUCAGACUUUACCUAAUGCUAUUCGAAAGAAGCGUCAACCUUGUAAAGGUGACCCUAAAGACGUAGAUGCAGAAGAAUCAGCUGAAAAGGAUUUGCCUAUUUCUGCCGAGCUCGACCGUUGGAUAAGGCAGCGAGGCCGAGACUUACGCCUGCGUCUAGCUGACCGGCAACAUGCUGUAAAAUUGGUCAAUGAUCUAAAAAAGGAUUUGCUAAAGUUUCUUAAAGAAAAUGAGGAGCAGCCUUUCUUCAGAGAUGUCUCAGUUCUUAAUAGUGGGAGCUAUUAUGAAUUAGUGAAGAUUAAUAAAGCCAAUGAGUUUGAUAUCAUGUUGAAACUAAACACACCACGAAUACAGUAUGGAGAGCUGAUGAAAUAUGAUGGUCUAUUCUAUACAAUUUCCCUCUGCCGACCUCCACGCGGUGAAAUACGUGCAUUUCUUCUAGAAGAUGGACUAACCAUAUCAGCCAGCAAAAUAAUAAAGGAAAUGCAUUGCUUGGUUCGAAAAUUCAUCAGCAAACAUCAAGUGUAUGCUGGUAAAGGUCACUGGGUGGUGUGCAGGAAAAGAGUUAACUCUCCAGCUGUGACCUUGGCUUUCCUGGAAGAUGGGGACAAAGAGAAUGAGUUACUGUCUGUGGAUAUUGUUCCUGCCCUAGAGGUGCCACAAGGAUGGCCAAAAGCUGCACGAGCUGGCCCGGUUGUGGACAAUUGGCUUGGAAAGAAUGCAAGACGCAAAAUUGUUGCCAAGCCUGUUUAUUUUGUCCCAAAGAGACCAAGACAGAGAAACCUCUGUGAUACUGAAAAAGAGAGCUGGAGAAUAUCCUUUUCUCAUAUUGAAAAAGAGAUGAUCAGGUUCCAUGGCAACAAGAAGACAUGUUGUGAGGGUAAACCAAAUGAAUGUUGCCGAAAACUGUGUUUGCGACUUCUGAAGUGCUUGCUUGAGGGGCUGAAGCAUAAAUAUCCCAAAGAACUCGACCCUCUCUGCUCCUACCAUGGAAAAACUGCCUUCUUUCACCAUCUCUCUGCCAGAUUUGAAGACUCACUGUGGACUCCUGGCCAGCUAUCCACCUGCUUCAUGAAGCUGCUGGUAGAUUUUCAUCAUGCUGUGCAAGUUGGCUCACUUCCCCAUUUCUUUGUUCCUGACCACAAUCUCUUCUCUCGGUCCAGCUUUCCCAAGCACUCUCUCCAGGUUUUAAGUGAUGCUUUAAGGGAACAGAUUGAUUCAGGGCUUCCUCUACUGCAGGUCCCAAAACCUGCCCCAGCAAUCUGCUAUGCAACUGCUGCACAAUUGCAGCCUCAACAAACUUUUCUAAAACCAGACACACUUACUCCUGAAACAUGUGACAUGUCAUGCAAGACCCAGUCUUUUUUUCAUAUGUCUAUUAUUUGUGUUAGCUGUGUUAUAUUUUUGGUCGUAGGUGCACUUUAUGCAAAAAUGUAAUUUAAUAGACAACAUAAAUCCACCUCCAAAUGGUUGAAAGGUCCAUCUGUAUGCAAGUAAAUGCUUGUAAAAGUACCUACAAUUUAAAAUAUAAAUGCAUUGCUUUGGUGCAUCUUUUAGAACAGGGUAUUGUUUGUUCAACAUUUAAUAAUCACAGCAACAGUUACUACUGCUAACAUGAGAGGUGUAUAAGAAAUCAUUAUUGAAAACACUAUUACUGGGACGCUGCAACCCCAAUAAUUAGGAAUAAUUAAAGUUUUUUUAGAUUACUUUUUUUAGAUUAUAAUUUUUUUAGAUUAAAGUUGUUCAUGACAACACUUAAAUUACCUAAAUGUAAUCAAUUCCUUAAAAUGUUUUGCGAUGUACAACUUCUAUGCUGGGUGGUGACAUUUUGUUAUUGUUAU